AAGGUGUUCUGUUCUGUGUGUAACAAGCGCUGCAAAGGUGAUACACUGAAAAUCGAGGAAAAUUUUGUUCAUCACAAGUGUUUUCAAUGUACAAAAUGUAAAAAGAAUUUGCAGAAAGGAGGAUUUUUCGUUCGAGACCAGCGCUUCUAUUGUCCAGAAGAUUAUCAGAGCUCAUUCGGUGUCACAUGUGAGGCAUGUCACGCCUACGUUGAGGGCGAAGCUGUAACCGUUCUCGGAAAAACGUUUCACACUCACUGUUUCCGGUGUCACACGUGCGGCCGCCUGUUCUCUUCCGGAGAAAGAACAACCAUAAUUGAUGGAGUCUACUACUGCGUGUCCUGUGCAACUCAAAUCUCAAACGGUCUUCCCACUUCGCGCCCUACCGGUGAAUUUGACUCCGUACCACCCAGUCUUUCGUCCCCAUCAAAAUCCAAAACCUAUCCUGAACGAGGUCAGCGGGAUCCGGUUUCCUCGAGCGUCUCUUGGACGCAAAAAACAAUGCCUACCGGAUUGAGAAGUAGCAUACCACGCUCUGAUACCGCCAAUCACGAUGACGAACCACUCUCGACCAGUCUGACCAACGGUGUGGAAAAAGACUAUCCCCUGGUCAGUGACCAAUUGACAGUCCAGAUCCAUGAAAAUGGAUAUUCAAGUUAG